AGACCGAAACUCACUUUCCUAAAAUUGGAAAUACAGCGGACAGAUCUGGAAACAGACCGAAACUCACUUUCCUAAAAUUGGAAAUACAGCGGACAGAUCUGGAAACACGGAUGUGCAGUUCUUCCGCGUAUAUAUUUCGAAUUGGAAUAGCCGCCCCUCUGCAAAACCCAAACACCCUCUGUUUAUUUCUACCAAUUAGUUUAAUUCUCUUUCCCGACCGCGCCCUAGUCCAUCCUCUCGCCUCCUUAACAUGGCUGGAGAAAUCAACGGGGACGCGCCGAAUCCCGGCGGCCGGAAGAGUUUCAUCGAUAUGGCAUCGAGUCUAGGGCAUGAGCAGCUUCUGGAAAUUCUAUCCGCUGGAUUGUGCGAAUGCUGUGAAUCUGUUCUGCAAUCUCGAAUUGAGAAUCUAAAAAAAAGCAAAACAAGUGAAACAUCAACAUCAACUAAUGAUAGUAAAGAUGACAAUACCGAAUUCUUAUCUGCUGAUUCAUCAGACUUGACUUCCAGAGACAGUAGAUUAGAUCCAUCUUCCCCUGCAUUUACUCCGCUAGGUCGUCCAUGGGUGAUUGAACCAAAUUACUUGAAUCGGCUCAAGAAGUUAGUUUCUAACACCACAGAAUCAAAAUCUGGCAUAUCAUCUGAGACAGCUUCCAGUGGUAAAAGAUUAGAUUCAUCCUCUCCAUCAGAGAAUCCUCAAGGACUUGAACAGAGUUACUUGAAGCAGGUGAAGAAAUUGGUUUCUGAUUCUUCGUCAUCACCAAUGUCCGUAAAUAGCAAACCAAAAUCUGCCAGCGAGCUGAACAUUAGUAACCCAAACAUUGACAUAACUCUUGAUGAUGGACUUAGUAAUAGGGAAGCAUCAGUAGAUGACAAGGGGUUAUCUGAGGAGCAAAAGGAACACAUUAGAUUUUCACACGUCAAGAGGAAGAAGGACUUCCUCCAUUAUGAGAGGGUUGAGGGUAAAAGGCUCAAUGUACUUCAAGGUCUUGAGUUGCACUGUCAGGUUUUCAACGCGGCUGAGCAAACAAAGAUUGUUGAAUCCGUUUAUAAAUUCCAGCGUAUGGGACAACAAGGGAAGCUUAGAGAAAGAACAUACACAGAGCCCAGAAAAUGGAUGAGGGGUAAAGGGAGAGCAACAAUUCAGUUUGGUUGCUGUUAUAACUACGCAGUGGACAAACAAGGGAACCCUCCGGGCAUAUUAAGAGAGGAAGAGGUAGACCCGUUGCCUCCUAUAUUCAAGCAAAUGAUCAAACGGAUGGUGAGGUGGCAUAUUUUGCCCCCGACAUGUGUGCCUAACAGCUGUAUAGUUAACAUAUAUGAUGAGGGAGAUUGCAUUCCUCCUCAUAUAGACCACCAUGAUUUUGUUAGACCUUUCUGCACAGCCUCGUUCUUGUCAGAAUGUAACAUUCUUUUUGGCUCAAAUUUGAAGAUCAUUAGUCCUGGAGAAUUUUCCGGUCCUGUAUCUAUACCUCUGCCAGUAGGGUCGGUGUUCAUUCUACAAGGUAACGGGGCUGAUGUUGCAAAGCAUUGUGUACCUGCUGUUCCUUCUAAGAGGAUUUCCGUUACUUUCAGGAAAAUGGAUGAAAGUAAAUUACCUCACACGUUCAGACCUGACCCGGAGCUUACAAAGAUCAUGCCGGUUGUUCAUCGUCCCCUGAGCAAAGAAUCUUCAAUCAAACUUAUCAAUGGCGUCAAUGGAAGUGUGGCCGCCACAGAGAUAACAAACGUGAACAACCUCAUUUCUAAUGACGAAUAUCCUCCCCUUGGAAGCAUCAGGUCUUCUAAGGUCCGUAGUAACGGAAGAGUUUGAUAAUAUUUCUGUCCAUCAAGGGAAUCUGGAUGUAAACUAGUGUUUUUUGUAAAAUGUAUCGCUUGUUUUAGCACAUUAAACAUUUUGAUCAUUUGUGGAUUUUAUUCUUUUCGUGAAGUAAUAAGGCAAAUUAAGGUUGAAAGUUAUACCGUUGUUCUGGAUGUAAGUGUAACUCAUAAGUUUACUGCGGAUAGUAAUUUUGUAAAUUUUUACGUUACGACUUUAAGAGCUUACGGCUUUUCGUUUUCUCCUGAAUUAUACGAAGUAUUCAUUUUCUUAUCCUGUA